AUGAAUAGUUUGCUUUCCAAAGCUCGAGGAAUUGAUUCCAGUUCUGUUAAACUCCGAGGUGGUUCUCUAUUCCCAGAUAUAGAAAGAUCAGCAAAAAGAGAGUUUGACACUCGACAGACUCCUCAAGUGAAUAUUAAUCCUUUUACCCCAGAUCCUGUGUUGCUUCAUUCCUCAGGACAGUGUCGCCGAAGAAAGAGAGCAUAUUGGAAUGAUUCCUGUGAAGACAUGGAAGCCAGUGAUUAUGAGUUUGAAGAUGAAACAAGACCUGCUAAAAGAAUUACAAUUACUGAAAGCAACAUGAAGUCACGGUAUACAACAGAAUUUCAUGAGCUGGAGAAAAUAGGCUCUGGAGAAUUUGGAUCUGUGUUCAAGUGUGUAAAGAGGCUGGAUGGAUGCAUUUAUGCUAUUAAACGAUCAAAAAAGCCAUUGGCAGGCUCUGUUGAUGAGCAGAACGCUUUGAGAGAAGUAUAUGCUCAUGCAGUGCUUGGACAGCAUUCUCAUGUGGUUCGCUAUUUCUCUGCCUGGGCAGAAGAUGACCAUAUGCUUAUACAGAAUGAAUAUUGUAAUGGUGGAAGUUUAGCUGAUGCUAUAAGUGAAAAUUACAGAAUCAUGAGUUACUUUACAGAAGUAGAGUUGAAGGAUCUCCUUUUGCAAGUUGGCCGGGGCUUGAGAUAUAUUCAUUCAAUGUCUUUGGUUCACAUGGAUAUAAAACCUAGUAAUAUUUUCAUAUCUCGAACCUCAAUUCCAAAUGCUGCCACUGAAGAAGGAGAUGAAGAUGACUGGUUAUCCAACAAAGUCAUGUUUAAAAUAGGUGAUCUUGGGCAUGUAACAAGAAUCUCUAGCCCACAAGUUGAAGAAGGUGAUAGCCGUUUUCUUGCAAAUGAAGUUUUACAAGAGAACUAUACCCAUCUACCGAAAGCAGAUAUUUUUGCCCUUGCCCUCACAGUAGUAUGUGCUGCUGGUGCUGAACCUCUUCCCAGAAAUGGAGACCAAUGGCAUGAAAUUAGACAGGGUAGACUGCCUCGGAUCCCGCAAGUGCUUUCCCAGGAGUUUACAGAGUUGUUAAAAGUUAUGAUUCAUCCAGACCCAGAGAAAAGACCAUCAGCAAUGGCACUAGUAAAGCAUUCAGUAUUGUUGUCUGCAUCUAGAAAGAGUGCAGAACAGUUACGAAUAGAAUUGAAUGCAGAGAAGUUCAAAAACUCACUUUUACAGAAGUAA